GAGCAUCUGCACGCGACUACAGUUCUUGUACACUCACCUACAAAGUUUUCUGCGGUUUGUCUGUUUGUGCUCCUGUCUGUCUGUCUGUCUGUCUGUUUGUGCUCCUGUUUCUGCUGAAGUCUGACUCUAACGGUAUGCUGCUGGCGGUGCUGAGCUGGUUCUGCUCCUCCGUACUGGUGUGUGUCAUCGGGGGGAAGCUGCCUGAGGCUGAGGUGAAGAUAGAGGUCCUCCACAGACCCUUCCUCUGCCACCGUAAAUCCAAGUAUGGAGACAUCCUACUGGUGCAUCAUGACGGAUACUUGGAGAAUGGGACCAUGUUUCACUCCACUCGAUCCCAUGGUGACAAGCAGCCAGUUUGGUUCACACUGGGUAUCAGGGAAGUGAUCAGAGGUUGGGAUAAAGGCCUGCAGGACAUGUGCACUGGAGAAAAGAGGAAACUUGUCAUACCUCCAGCCUUGGCCUAUGGGAAGGAAGGAAAAGGUAAGAUCCCACCUGAGAACACCUUGACCUUCAUUAUCGAAGUUCUUGAAAUCAGAAAUGGACCAAGGUCACAUGAAUCCUUCCAAGAGAUGGACCUCAAUGAUGACUGGAAACUGUCAAAACAUGAGGUGAAACUGUACCUGAGGAAGGAGUUUGAGCGUCAUGGCUACCCCCCGAAUGACACUCUACAUGAAAACAUGGUGGAGGACAUUUUUGCCAACGAGGAUGAGAACAAAGAUGGUUUCAUAUCCUCCAGAGAGUUUACUUACAAACAUGAUGAACUGUGAACUCACUUCUUUGCUUUGCCUCUUCAAAACUGAGAGGUACUAGGGUUUUACUGCAAAGACUCUCAGGUUACAUCUAUGCAUUUUGUUUUUGUGGUUUAACCCUUAAAUGCCUCAUGGAAAGACAUAUGUGGUGGCCAAAGACUUAUAUGUCAGUUUGUUCAUUUUUUUUGUUUCUUUCUUGUCCCUGUGAAUCCUAAACCACCGAAUUAAAGAUUCUCUUUUUGGGACCAGAACAGUUCAGCUUUUCUAUUUGAGCACCAUUUAAUCUUUGUGGCAUAAUGACACUGAAACGUACUAGACCAGCGUAAACACUGCAAGAAUCAAAAUCUUACCAAGUGUAUUUUUCUCAUUUCUAGUCAAAAUAUCUCAUCACACUUAAAAUAAGACAUAAUCACCUAAAGAGUAACUUGUAAGUGAGAUACAAGAAC